AUGAAAUAUGUGGAGGAGAACAGCAUACUGUACCUGCAGUACAACGUGACAAGGGACAAGCAGCAACGGCCAAAGCCCAGUAUAUUCCUCAUCAAGGUCAACCCUCGCCCACCCGGAUACUAUGGUCUCACGUCCCUCGCGUGGACUUAUGGAGUAGACUACUUUGCUCUCCAUGUGCUCCAUGCACUGGGGGAUGAAGCCCGCAUACGAGCCCUAUCCGAGCCGUUUAUGUGUGGACCGCAGUAUGACGAUUUAUCCCGGAGAGAGGAGGGGAUUCUCACAUCCGGUGACCCGGCGCAGAAAUUCAAGGAAGAGCACCCAGACGUCAUGGACAAUAUUCUCUUGCGACGAGAACCGUUUGCCAAGGGAGACUUCGUGCCGAGUCCCAACGCACCAACUAUGCCCUUUCUCUCCGUACUCAUCCUCCGUUCAAAAAAUGGACGUGAAGGCCUCUUGCGCAGUAUGGCGAUCAUUCAACAUAAUUGGCUCACACAUUUGAAUGACGACUGCUCCGUGUUCCUGAACUAG